AUGCUAUUUCAAUUUUAUGAAGCUUUUUAUAACGUUAAGACAAACUUUCAUAAUUUAAUAACUAAUGCCUGCUUAGGCAAGACUUUUCAAUUUAAACACGGAAAGGAUGACCGCCAAACUGAACUUUUGGCUGAGUUCGAGCGUCGUAAAAAGGUCCGAUCCGUGGUCGUUCCUACUGACGAUUCCGAAGUAAAAGCGCGGCUACGCGAACUUGGGGAGCCUAUCUGUCUGUUUGGCGAAGGACCAUCUGAAAGGCGAAAUAGAUUGCGUGAAAUUUAUGCGCAACAGGAUACCGUCGUGGAUCGUGUUAUACAGGAACCUGCGAAUGAAUCACAGAGUAGUCAGGUAAUACAAGAUGUCUGGUAUCAUGAAGGUCCGGACUCUUUGGCACCAGCCAGACAUCAUAUUGCGUUAUACUCUCUGAAGAGGCAAAUGCGCUAUGCUGCACGCAUUGAAAGAGCAAAGCCUGAUCCUGACAAAGCUGCCAAGGCACAGGAAUUAUAUAAGAGACUAGGUAGAACCACUAUUUUUUGUAGUCAAAUCGGUGACUGUCGACCGAUUUCCUUUUGUCAAUUUUCGCCGGAUUGCCAAUAUGUUGCGACUGGGUCAUGGUCUGGACUUUGCAAGUUGUGGAGUGUACCGCAUUGCGAACAGAUAUGCUUUUGUUUUAUUCAUCCAUAUUUUUAUCUCCCUACCAAAAUAGGACAUAACAGUAGAAUCGGCGCUAUUGUUUUUCAUCCCCAGGCAACUCUCACGUUAUCUUCCAAGUCAGCUUGUAUGGCAUCAUGCGAUGCUGAGGGAUCAGUUAAACUUUGGUCGUUAGAAAGUGAUACUCCUAUUCGAAAUGUAAGCACUCAUACGACGCGAGUUUCUCGAAUAUGUUAUCAUCCAUCUGGUAGAUAUUUAGGAUCUGCUUGUUACGAUCAUUCAUGGAGACUCUACGAUUUAGAAGCUGACAAGGAAGUACUGCAUCAGGAAGGACACAUGAAAGAAGUCUAUUGCUUAGCGUUUCAAAUUGAUGGUAGUCUCUGCUUUAGCGGUGGUCUAGAUGCAUACGGAAGAGUUUGGGAUUUAAGAUCGGGUCGCUGCAUUAUCCUAUUAGAGGGCCAUCUCAAGGGCGUACUUUCCAUAGAUUCAGCUUCAGAUGGAUACCAAGUUGCAACAGCAAGUGCAGACAAUUCUGUAAGGAUUUGGGAUUUAAGAAAUAGAAAAACCAUAUAUACAAUUCCUGCUCAUAGCGGGCUCGUGUCUUUCGUAAAAUAUGAAAAUAACCGCAAUUAUUUAAUGUCUGCGUCAUACGAUAAAACGGCAAAGAUUUGGUCUAAUCCAGGUUGGUCGCCUCUUCAGACGCUUACAGGUCAUGAUGAUAAACUGAUGUGCUUAGAUAUAUCGUCAGAUGGUAAAUACUACGUGACCUCCUGCUACGACAGGACAUUUAAACUUUGGUCAGCGUAG